UGUACUUAGCAGGCACACGCCUUAACCACUCGGCCAAAGCGUCUUAACAAUUCUUUAACCUCUGCUAGUUCAUAAUUUCCAGGGUCCUGCGUUUCAGAAGAAGGAGUUAGAAAUCCCAGAGAUUAUUGGAAGGGAAGGGGAUCGGAAAAGAUGGAGGGUCCGAGGCGGCAGGCGAGCCGGAGCAUGAGCCGAAGUGGGAGCAGGGCGGCGUGGAACAUGGAGGACGUGUUUACUCCGGUGCAGGCGCGGCGGAGCGUGCGGGGCGAGGAAGACGAGGAGGCGCUGCGAUGGGCGGCGCUGGAGAAGCUUCCGACGUACGACCGUCUGAGGAAAACCGUGCUGAAAUCUUUCGUGGAAAAUAAUGAUCGGGACAGUAAGGUUGUCCACCAGGAGGUGGAUGUACGGAACCUCGACGUCAACGUCCGACAAGAGUUCAUUGAUCGCCUCUUCAAAGUCGCCGAGGAAGACAAUGAACGCUUCUUGAGAAAACUCCGAAACCGUAUAGAUAAGGUUGGGAUUAAUCUUCCGACGGUUGAAGUUCGAUACGAGCAUUUAACUGUGGAGGCCGAUUGUUACAUCGGCGAUAGAGCUCUCCCCACGUUGCCUAAUGCGAUGAGGAAUCUUUUCGAAUCAAUUUUGGGCAUUGUAGGUAUUAGAUUGGCCGAGAAGACGAAGCUCACUAUCCUUAAAGAUGCUUCGGGGAUCAUAAAACCCUCUAGGAUGACGCUUUUGUUAGGGCCACCUUCGUCAGGAAAAACCACCCUUUUGUUAGCCCUAGCUGGAAAAUUAGACCCCACUCUUAGAGUGAAAGGAGAAAUCACUUACAAUGGUCACCAACUUAGCGAGUUUGUGCCACAAAAGACUUCAGCUUACAUUAGCCAAAACGAUGUUCAUGUUGGAGAAAUGACAGUCAAAGAAACUCUAGAUUUCUCUGCUAGAUGCCAAGGGGUUGGCACACGAUAUGAACUUCUAACUGAGCUUGCUAGGAGGGAAAGAGAUGCUGGAAUUUUUCCUGAUGCCGAAAUUGACCUUUAUAUGAAGGCAACUGCAGUUGAAGGGGUCAAGAGCAGUCUUAUCACUGAUUACACACUAAGGAUUUUGGGACUUGAUGUGUGUAGAGACACAAUUGUUGGGGACGAAAUGAUACGUGGGAUUUCCGGCGGUCAAAAGAAGCGUGUUACAACAGGAGAGAUGAUUGUUGGGCCGACCAAAACUCUAUUCAUGGACGAGAUUUCUACGGGCCUGGACAGCUCCACCACCUUCCAAAUCGUAAAAUGCCUCCAACAAAUUGUGCAUCUAACGGAGGGUACGAUCUUGAUGUCCCUCCUCCAGCCCGCCCCUGAGACGUUCGAUCUCUUCGAUGACAUCAUCCUCUUGUCUGAAGGCCAGAUCGUCUACCAAGGCCCAAGAGCACAUGUCAUUGAAUUCUUUGAGACCUGUGGCUUCAAAUGCCCAGACCGAAAGGGCACUGCUGACUUUCUACAAGAGGUUACAUCAAGAAAGGAUCAAGAACAAUACUGGGCAGACAGGAGCAAGGCAUACAGAUACAUAUCAGUCUCGGAAUUCGCGAGAAGAUUCAAACGUUUCCACGUGGGUUUGCGCCUAGAAAACGAGCUGUCUGUUCCAUACGACAGAUCAAGAUGUCACAGAGCAGCACUGGUGUUCAAGAAAUACACAGUCCCAUUGAUGGAGCUGAUGAGAGCAAAUUUCGACAAGGAGUGGCUGUUGAUCAAGCGGAACUCUUUUGUGUACAUAUUCAAGACUGUUCAGAUCAUCAUCGUCGCCGUCAUCGCCUCGACCGUGUUCUUGAGGACCAAGAUGCAUACCAAGACCGAAGACGACGGGAGUGUGUACAUUGGAGCGCUGUUGUUCGGCAUGAUCAUUAACAUGUUCAAUGGCUUUUCUGAACUGUCUAUGAUUAUUCAGAGGCUGCCUGUGUUUUACAAGCAGAGGGAUCUCCUCUUCCACCCACCUUGGGCUUUCACUCUCCCAACUUUUCUCUUGAAGAUCCCAAUUUCUGUGUUUGAAACCAUUGUUUGGAUGGUCAUAACAUAUUACACAAUUGGAUUUGCCCCAGAAGCUAGCAGGUUCUUUAAGCAAACGUUGUUGGUGUUUCUGAUCCAACAAAUGGCUGCCGGAAUCUUUAGGCUCACUGCUGCAGUGUGCAGGACAAUGAUCAUAGCAAACACUGGUGGAGCUUUAAGUCUGCUGCUUGUGUUCCUUCUGGGAGGUUUCAUCCGUCCUAAAAGCUCAAUACCAGAUUGGUGGGGUUGGGGCUACUGGGUUUCUCCACUGUCCUAUGGCUUCAAUGCUUUCACUGUGAAUGAGAUGUUCGCUCCCAGGUGGAUGAACCAAACGGCUUCAGACGGACAAACAAAACUGGGAAUCAAAGUGAUGCAGAAUUUUGAUGUCUUUGUUGAAAAGAGAUGGUUCUGGAUAGGAGCCGCUGCGCUUUUGGGGUUCAUUUUUCUCUUUAACAUUCUCUUCACCUUGGCCCUCAUGUAUCUCAGCCCUCCUGGACAGAAGCAAGCUAUAAUAUCCAAAGAUCAGGCUAAGGAUAUGGAAUCUGAGCAGGAAGAAUCUUCUCAAUCUCCAAGGCUUAAAACAACAAGGUCUAAGCGAGAUGCACUCCCGCGAUCACUGUCUGCACAUGAUGGAAACAACACAAGAGAAUUGGAGUUUCGGAGGAUGAGCAGUCGGAGCAAUAAAAAUGGCCUCAAUAGAAAUGACGACGCCAUCCUGGAUUCCACAAAUGGUGUUGCUCCAAAAAGAGGGAUGAUUCUUCCAUUCACACCCCUGGCCAUGUCCUUUGAUGAAGUGAAAUAUUUCGUCGACAUGCCUCCAGAAAUGAGAGAGCAAGGUGUGACAGAAGAUAGGCUGCAAUUACUGCGCGGAGUAACAGGUGCAUUUAGGCCUGGUGUGCUGACAGCACUGAUGGGAGUGAGUGGAGCAGGAAAGACAACCUUAAUGGAUGUUCUAGCUGGGCGAAAAACCGGGGGCUACAUUGAAGGGGACAUCAGAAUAUCAGGAUUCCCAAAGAAGCAAGAAACUUUUGCUAGAGUGUCUGGUUACUGUGAACAGAACGAUAUCCACUCGCCUCAGGUCACUGUUCGUGAAUCUUUGAUAUACUCAGCUUUCCUCCGCCUGCCUAAGGAAGUCAACAAAGACGACAAGAUGGUUUUUGUAGAGGAAGUGAUGGAUCUGGUUGAGCUAGACAACCUUAAAGACGCGAUUGUGGGGAUGCCAGGAGUCUCGGGUUUGUCAACAGAGCAACGAAAACGACUGACAAUAGCAGUUGAGCUUGUUGCCAAUCCUUCAAUCAUAUUCAUGGAUGAGCCAACUUCUGGGCUGGAUGCAAGAGCUGCAGCUAUUGUCAUGAGAACUGUCAGAAACACAGUUGACACAGGAAGAACUGUUGUCUGCACAAUUCACCAGCCUAGCAUCGACAUCUUUGAAGCAUUCGAUGAGCUGCUUCUAAUGAAGAGAGGAGGUCAAGUGAUCUAUGCAGGACCAUUAGGGCGCCAUUCUCAUAAAAUUGUCGAGUACUUUGAGGCCAUUCAAGGAGUCCCAAAAAUUAAAGAGAAAUACAAUCCAGCAACUUGGAUGUUAGAAGUGAGCUCAGUUUCCACAGAGAUCAGACUUGGAUUGGAUUUCGCGGAACACUACAAAACAACAGCUUUAUACCAGCGAAAUAAGGCGUUGGUUAAGGAACUGAGCACGCCUCCUCCCGGGGCAAACGACUUAUAUUUUGAUACUCAACAUUCUCAGUCGAGUUGGGGCCAAUUCAAGUCAUGCUUAUGGAAGCAAUGGUGGACAUAUUGGAGGAGUCCAGAUUACAAUCUUGUAAGAUACUUCUUUACUUUAGCUGCAGCACUCAUGAUUGGCACCAUCUUCUGGGACGUUGGAAGCAAAAGAAACAGCAGUGGAGAUCUCAUGACAAUCAUAGGAUCUAUGUAUGCAGCUGUCCUGUUUGUCGGCAUCUGCAACUGCUCAACUGUGCAGCCUGUUGUGGCCACCGAAAGAACAGUUUUUUAUCGCGAAAAAGCUGCUGGAAUGUACUCAGCAUUGCCAUAUGCAAUGGCACAGGUUAUCUGUGAAAUCCCAUAUGUAUUUUUCCAAACUACAUACUACACACUCUUAGUGUAUGCCAUGAUAGGCUUCGAAUGGACAGCAGCCAAGUUCUUCUGGUUCUUCUUCGUCACCUUCUUCUCCUUCCUCUACUUCACAUACUAUGGAAUGAUGACUGUUUCCAUCACUCCAAACCACCAAGUUGCAGCCAUUUUCGCUGCAGCAUUCUACGCCCUCUUCAAUCUCUUCUCCGGCUUCUUUAUCCCCAGACCAAGGAUUCCUAAAUGGUGGAUAUGGUACUACUGGAUUUGCCCCGUGGCAUGGACCGUAUAUGGCUGCAUUGUGUCUCAAUACGGUGAUGUAGAAACCACGAUUCGAGAUCCAGGGAAUUCUACUGGCAACAUCAAUCCUAAGAUCAAAGAUUACAUCAAAGAUCAUUUUGGGUAUGAUCCAGAUUUCAUGGGACCUGUUGCUGCAGUUCUUGUUGGUUUUGCAGUGUUCUUUGCAUUCAUGUAUGCCUACUGCAUCAAAACAUUGAACUUCCAGCUUAGAUAGAUAAUAGAUUGUAGCUUUAGCUCAAAUGGCUUAUACUUAAUAGCAUCAUGAUGAGGACACCAUCUUAUAUAUAGUUUUAUAAGAAAUUUUGCAAAGUAAUCACAUCUAUAAAUGUAUUUUGUAAAGUAUUGGAAUUUAAUAUUGUUUUGAU